AUGGCGGAGGAUCUAGUUCUCGAUACGGCGAUUAGAGAUUGGGUUCUGAUUCCUCUCUCCGUGGUGAUGGUUCUCAUCGGUAUUCUCCGGUACUUCGUCUCUAAGCUCAUGCGUUCUUCUCCAGUUCCCGAUGCUAAGACGGUCAAAGAAGGGCAAGUUAUUAUCAGAGCUCGGAAUCUUAAAGCCGGUGCUAAUUUCAUCCCGCCGAAAUCAUUCCGUUCUCGGAGAUUCUACUACAGCAACGAGGAGAAUGGUUUGCUACAUGUUCCCAAGGGGCAAGGCACAAAUCCCCAAGCUCAGAUGUUUUCUGAUCCUAACAUGGCCAUGGAUAUGAUGAAGAAAAACCUUUCCAUGAUUAUUCCCCAGACACUCACUUUUGCAUGGGUCAACUUCUUCUUCUCUGGAUUUGUUGCAGCUAAAAUACCAUUUCCACUGACUCAGAGGUUCAGAUCAAUGUUACAGAAUGGCAUCGACUUGAGCACUGUCGAUGUUAGCUAUGUGAGCAGUCGUUCGUGGUACUUCUUGAACUUGUUUGGAUUACGAGGCUUGUUCAGUCUCAUUCUCGGAGAUGAAAAUGCCAUUGAUGACACGCAACGUAUGAUGCAAAUGGGUGGGAUGGGAUUUGAUCCAUCUAAGAGCCUGAGUGCAGAGAAGGAUGGUCUCGACAUUCAUCAGCACGAUUGGGCUCUGCCUAGGUUCGAGCUACGCGCAGAAUCCGUAUUAAGAAAACUCGUGAAGUAG